CGUUUUUUUUUUUCCUACAGCCCUGUAUUACUGUUUUAUUUGGCAAUACACGGAGGUUAAAGGGGCCAAUAACCGGUUGCAGUUUGUGUUUGAGCGGCAGACUCUUAAGCAAAUCAGUUGGGGGACUCACAGCCUGCGGCCUAUCGGUCACUGCCUCCUGAGCCAGUCGGAAAGGGAGUAGGGCUCUUGUGGGCGGUCCCCCAUCGGCUGCGGCCUGCUUGCCCAAAGGCUUGCAGAUCUCGCCUCCCCGGGAGCUGCAGGAGGCGGGAGGCUGGGGGUGUUUGUACUGCAAAUAUAUGGGCCGGGGAAUGAAACCGUAAAAUAUUACUCAAAAUACGGACUCUUCAAAAAACAGGACUCAACAUUAAAGACUUUUCAUCCUGUUCUUUAUGGAAGCGGAUGGGUUUGUGAGGGGACGGCGGAUGUCAGCCGACACUCCUGGCGGGGAAGGCGCCGUAGCGGGCGCUUCAGCCGGCGCCGAGAUACGGUGGCUGGGCGGCAGGCUGUGGGACGUCUCCGAAGGGAUUGUGGGGAGCCUGUCGCCGCGCAUCGGAGCAGGCGAGCUUGAACUCCAGGCUGCGCAACUGAAGGCCCCUCCGGAGGCCGCAGGGAUCCCCGAGCCGGAGUAUGAGGGUCUGCCGCAGGGUGCCUCCACCAGUACCCACAUGUUGGCUGGGGCCGUAGCCGGCAUCAUGGAACACUGCUUGAUGUAUCCCAUCGAUUGCGUCAAGACGCGGAUGCAGAGCCUGCAGCCCGAGCCGGCGGCGCGCUACCGCAACGUGAUGGACGCCCUGUGGCGGAUAGUGAGGACGGAAGGGAUCUGGCGGCCGAUGCGAGGGUUAAACAUCACGGCCACGGGGGCCGGCCCCGCCCACGCCCUCUACUUCGCCUGUUACGAGAAGCUAAAAAAGACACUGAGCGAUGUCAUCCAGCCAGGGGCUAACAGCCAUUUGGCGAACGGUGCUGCAGGGUGCGUCGCCACAUUGCUUCACGAUGCAGCCAUGAACCCAGCUGAAGUGGUGAAGCAGAGGAUGCAGAUGUACAACUCCCCGUACCGCAGCGUUUUAGACUGUAUGAGAGCAGUGUGGCAGAAGGAGGGUGCGGCAGCGUUCUACCGCAGCUACACCACGCAGCUCACCAUGAACAUCCCCUUCCAGGCCCUGCACUUCAUGGCGUACGAGUACCUGCAGGAGACCCUGAACCCCCACAGACGUUACAACCCCACCUCCCACAUGGUGUCGGGGGCGCUUGCGGGGGCUCUGGCGGCGGCCGCCACCACCCCAUUGGACGUGUGCAAGACGCUCCUGAACACGCAGGAGUCCCUGGCGCUGCACUCCCUCAACGUGAGCGGACACAUCUCGGGCCUGGCCCACGCCUUCCGGACGGUCUACAGGCUGGGCGGGAUCCCCGCGUACUUCAAGGGGGUGCAGGCCCGGGUCAUCUACCAGAUGCCUUCCACCGCCAUCAGCUGGUCCGUCUACGAGUUCUUCAAGUACUUCAUCACCAAGCACCAGCACGAGAAGCGGAAAUCGCACCGGGACGGCGACAAGUAGCCCGCGCGCACCCGCCGACUCCUCCAAGGAAGGAAGCAGUCCUCGCCGCGUUUGUGCCCCCGCAGGGCAACGCGCUGAACGGGGCAGCACUGAGGACCGGAUGGAACACCAUGAAAACGCACAUAGAAUUCAAAUUCUCCCUCUGACCUCCGUCAAGCACGAUGAAUAUGAGCUCUGAGGUUCCAUACAUGGUUGAGCAAGCAAAGGUGUGAUGCUUACAAGAUAGGAAAAAUUCCGAGUGGCGAACAAUGUAGUUUGGUGCAUCAUCAAAACAGUUUUGCUCCUCCUAAUUAGCGAGUUGCUUUAAUCUUUGUUUUAAAGAAUGUAUUUUCCGAUGAUCCCAUAAGGGGGCACUGUCGUUCUUUUCGGUUUACAGUCUGGAUGGAGCUCUUCGGUAGGAGCAGGAAGCCAUUGACAAGAAAGCAAUAAGCCAGCAGGGGGCACAGUUGACUUGUGUACCAUGCAAUGUCAGUAUAAUACAAGACGUUUCGCUGUCUUUAAGUUAAGAUGAGCCUAACGUGUAGUUGGGAAUGAAGACUUUUUCAGGUUUCUUUGUGCAUCAGGGAAACAGUCCCACACUUCACCCCAUCCAGACGACUGCUGCUGUUUAGUUGUUGAGGGGUAGUGACAGACAUAGGAACAGAGCAUGGCUUCGAAGAGGCUUUCUGUAUCUUGUAGCGUUCCCUGUAACACUGACACUUUGAUGCAGCACUUUUUGCUAAAACGUCCUAGGCUGAAGAACCAAAGUGUGUGGGAGAGCUGGGCAAGGAUUUCACCAGAGAUCUGAGCUGUGCUUGCAAGACCCCUGUAGCCUCAAGUCCUCAUUAAAAUAGCAAGUCAGAUAAGCCUGGCUGGUUUCCGGAGAGCAGCCUUACUAAGGCUGGAAGAUACGGCCUUGUGUUGCCUGCAUGAAAGGCUGGCUUUUCAGAUAGCUGCUGUCCGCAAGGUCCAUGGGCUUUCCUUUAGUGGUGUGGGUGCCACUGUUUUGCCUCAGUAGUGCACAGUUUAUCACAGUACUGUACAAAUGAGAUUGCAUUAAUUUCAUAUACCCCACUGAGUCAGAUUAGGCCGUCACUCUCUUCGACUUCCGUUAUGAGAUCCCUGUGCACUUCCAGUCUUAGAAAAAAGGAUUGAAUGGAAACCCUGAGCCUGGAGAGGUGUACCAUCUGGGGCCAUCUGGGGAUUCUGUACCUGACAAUAGCAGUCCAGUGCCCCUUCUUUUAAGAUUAUUUUUUAAUCCAUUUUUAUUUUUACCCUUCCAAGUGGCUUAACAAUGCAAACAUCCGUUGUAAGGAGAUUGCUCCUGGCAAACAUGAUUGUCUACCUGUUAUUCUGGGCAGCUGAGUGAGACACUAGGGAUUUUUGUUCUCUUUUGGCUCUGUAGUACUUUGUGCUGGUCUGGAUGAGAGACAUGCUGAGAAUGCUGCUGCUUUAAUCUCUGCUCUCCCAGCACGAGGUGCUGGACUAAAGCUUGGAGAGAGUCUUCACAAUGUCUUUCAAUGUAUUCAGUUCCUUAGUCCAACCUGUGCCUUCCCCUUUAGUGGGUAAAAUGAAGUGACUUGCCUAUCAUUGUUCAGUGAAAGUUCAAAGGCUUGAAGCAAAGUAACAUUAAACUUCACCUGUCCGAAAUUAGGAAAAACUAGUAUUUUAGAAGUUCUUCUAAAUCUUUAAGGUUUGUUACAGGAAUUACAGAAAUAAUAAUAUACCUGUUAGCUUUAUCUUUAUUUUCCUUAAACCUUACCACUGUACAGUUGCUUUGAGUUUGAGUUAACCUCUUUAUACCAGCAUCUUUCAUAUCCAAACAAGUGUCCUAAUGUUCUUAACUGUACUGCUCUGUGGCUAGAAACCAAAGAGUGAAAGGUUGUGCUUUUGUUGAUAAAUGAAAGCUUUUAUUUCCCUAGUCCUCAGAUUGCAGUACCAAAAUUCCUCUUAUUGCUUUCCUGUUGUUUCACAGUUGACUUGUGAAAGGAGUUGGCCAAAAAUGGCACAAGUCAAAUGUUUAUCUUGCAGUUACACCAUACGAUGGAGUCAUCUAGUGGCUUGAGUUACAUUCAAUCUCUGCAUCUGCACUGAUAAAAUGGCCUUUGGGUUUGUUUGUAACCAAUGUAUCUGAAGGUUUUACUAAUGUCCUUGAUCUGAAGUCUUUUGUCUGGACACAGUUUCAGGGACAAGUGUAUAUGCCUAGGGCUUAACGCACCCUUUUGAUAGCCAAUCAUGAAUGGAACUGGUCAUAUUGAUUGUCUGACUGCCCUGUAAUAUCUUGUCAGCUGUUAAUAAAACUGGCAGGCAGUGGCUUUUUUAAGACCUGUCUGCUUGAGUUGGAAGAUGA